UGCAAGGAAGAGAUGAGAAAAAUUGUCAAAAUAAUUUCCUUUCUAUCAAUGCGAGGUACUACUAGGUUGUUGUGGUCAUGAAGACUCUAUUCAAUAUGGUGGCUGCAAUUUGGGGUCCUGGAUUGCCAGCACACGCCAACUCAGCUAGUGGAUAAAGCAGAGCAGGCCUUCGCUGAAAAAUGUCCAAAAGAAAGCCGGCAGUCCUUGAUUUGACGGGGAAGAGCGAUGGUAAUUUGUGGACGUGCAAGCCCUCAGCUUCUGCUGAAGAUGGCUUGUUGGCGCACAUCAUGCACAGGCACGCCACAACAUCUUCCACGCUCCACGGCAGGGCAAUACGCUUCAACCGAGUUGCGUUCUGUCAUACAAGCAAUAAGCUAGCAGCUGCCGACCAGCUGGGCAAUGUGUUCCUCAUCACCCUACGUCAUAAUCGAUUCUCCUUGCUGCGACGGCUGGGUGUAGCUUGCACUGCACUGGAGUUUGCUACUGUCAGUAGCUGCGAACUGUACGUGGCAUUGUCUGAUGGUGCUGUUCAUUGCCUAAACUGGAAGAGCGGAGAGCUAGUGGCGACACUACGCGGCCAUAGUUCAUCCGUGAGGUAUAUCUCUUCACACACUGAUGGCAGAUUCUUCAUGACCACAUCCUCGGCUGAGGCUAUUCUAUGGGACGCGAAGACUCAUCAGAGAUUGCGGACGCUCAACGGCGCACAAGGUGUUGGUGUCCAGCAAGCACUCUUUCUGCCAAUUAGCAACACUCUGAUCACUUGCUUCAAGGACGACUCAAUAUUCGCCUGGACUAUCGACAGUCUACAAUACCAAUAUCGGCUUGUAGUUCACGAUGGACCAGCGCCCAAGUUCCGGGCCUUAGCAGCGUCAUCUGAUGGUCGCUUUCUGGUGGCAGGUGGCAGAUCACAGUUCCUGCACGUUUGGGCUCUGGACACACGCCGUUUGGCCCGCGUUAUUGAGUUGCCGAGCGCCGUACGCCGUGUGGAGCACCUUUUCUUCAUCAAAGAUAAUUGCGAGGGUGGUGUCAGCCAGAGCAUCGGUGUGGUAUGUCAGGAUGGCAUAACAAGGUUCUUACGGAUUGACACGUGCCGACUCCUGUUUGAACUGGGAGUGUGCAACAGUAGCGGACAGUCCGCUACAACCAGCACAAGCCAGGCCCAAGUAGAGUCUAUGAUACACUCUACUGUCAGCGCCGAUGGCCGUUAUGUUGCCUCUGUAUCCGAUACCGGCUCUGUGCAGCUGUUCAAUGUGGAGACGGUGUGCCCACAGCUGUCACAGCCGCCUGCUCCACUUGUUCGCACUCUAGUCGCUGACUCGAAGCCUGGUAGGGCAGUUGGCAAGAAACCUGCCUCUAAGGCACCUGUCUCAAUCAGAAAGCCUGCUCUGGCCAGCACUCCAUCCAAGCACUCCGGUGUUGCUUGUACGGCAAGUGACACUGGUGAUGAAACUGCUGCUGGAGAAGAUUCGGUGGUUGUGCCAUCACCCUCUCAAUCAGGCACAGGCAAUGGGCACUCCAUCGUCGCAGACGAUUCGGAGGCCGCCGCUGUCGGGGAGAUGGCCGUGGAUGUCACCAAGCUGUAUUCGAUCCUGCGUGGCUACGGCCGCUAUCCGGAGAAGUAUCGGCUGUUUAUCUGGCGCUCGGUACUUCGCCUGCCUGAAAACCAUGCUGCUUACGCAUCGCUGUGCAAUAGAGGCACUCAUGUUGCCUUUCAGGACAUUCAAGAGAAGUAUCCUGUGAAGAGCAGGAAAUUACUGCGACAGCUUCAAAGGACACUAUCUGCUCUUGCCCACUGGUCUCCGAUAUUCGGUGAGGUAACAUUCCUCGCUCCGCUGAUCUUCCCGUUCAUCAAGCUGUUCUCCAACAACCGCCUGCUUGCGUUUGAAAUGUGCGCAACGCUGCUACUCAACUACACGCAGCAUUGGUUUGAUUUCCACCCACACUUGCCCGUUGGUGUCCUGGGAAUGGUGGAGAGUGUCUUGGCACAUCAUGAUAUUGGCUUGAUACGCCACUUCACCAAGAACAAUAUCACAUCAGCUGGUUACGCAUGGCCGCUUCUUGAGACGAUGCUUUCCGAGGUGUUGACGCGUGAGGAGUGGCUGUACGGAAUGGACAAUGUCCUCUCCAAUCCACCGCACUAUCUUCUCUUCCUGGUGAUAUCGUACCUCAUUGCCUGUCGUCAAACACUACUGCGCUGCAAGUCAAAGGACUUUGACUUCUUCUUCAAGCAUCGCAAUGCUAUCGACAUUGGCCAGGUUGUGAAAGAAGCAUACCGGUUGAGUGAGAGCACGCCCUGCGACAUACAUCCUCAGUCGGAGUACAAAGCGUGUGAGCCGCUGACCAAGGGACAGUACCCAGUGUUCAGUGAUUAUCCCAAGUAUGCUGUGGACUAUCAGAGGCAAGAACGUGAUCGUAUACGCCAGGAAGAACUCGAGCUACUGCGUGAGCGCCAGGCAACCAUAGCUGCACACCAGUCCAAAACACAGCACCACCGAGACGAAGAGACAUUCCAGCGACACCAACAAAUGCUAGCCGAGGCUGAGCAAGAGCAGCUGGCACAGCUUGAAGAGGAAGAUCGGAAAUUACAUGAGCAACGCAUGAGACUUCUUGCUCUAAAACGUGAAGUCCAGGCCAGUGACAUGGUUGCCAUGGAUGCAACUCGCCGUCGUCUUAUGGAGCAGCAGGUAGCCCAGAGAGAAGCGGAGCUGAAGCGACUCGACGCACAAGUGGACAGAAAGGCACGCCUUCGACAUGAGGAAACGCAGCUUGCCGUCGAAGCAGCCCAAGUGCAGUCGGCAGAGAUGGAGUUGCAGAAAGCUAUGCUGGAGGCAGAGAUGUCAAGUCAGCACCAGGCGGCGGACACUGCACUGAAGCAUGCAUGGGCUCAGCAUGAGCAUGAUACUGCACUGCAUACUGGUACCAGUGCAGCACAGCAGACCAUUCUGGACACCAGACGCAAGCAGCAGAAGCAGGUGUUCGAGGCUCAGCAGCGACUGGCACGGCUGCAGCAGCAGAACGCUGCUCAGCACGGCAAGGCGGAAGUGCAGUUCAGAGCUCGAAUUGACACUCUCGAGCAGGAGCUAGAACAGCUUCAGGUUGAUCGUCAGAAACUGCUGAACCAAGGCCAUGCUGAUAAGCUGUCGCAGACACUGCACGGCGCAGAGCUGCGCGAACGUCAUCAGCAGCAGACAACCGGGAAUACUAGUGCCACGGGACAGGCUUCAGCUGGUGGUGCGCAUACGCGGGCAGCGCAGCAACCACGCGCACCCCUUGCCACGGUCAACCUGACGGACUCGCCGCCCGCUUCCGAUCUCAGCAUGUCCUCUCUGUCGCCCAGCGAUACCGACCCGGCGGAUACAAGCGCAAUGUUCUCACGGCGGCCAAAGGCUGCACAUGACGAAGAGCAGCUACUCCGCGAGGUGACCAACUUGCGCCGACGCGUUGCCAAGCGAUUGCAGGAUGGAAGUAGGGCACUCGGUUUGUCAGAUACGAACUGAAAUAAUUGCUCUAACGCACAGUCCUCUGAAUAUACAGCGUACGGAAUAGCUCUCACUCACAAGAAACAUUAGGCGCAGCUUGCAGGGAAUAGCUCUUGUAGAUGUGCUCCUCAAUGUGCUGGUCACAGAUAUCAAUAACAUGAUCAAUAUAUCUAUCUAUAGGAGGCGAGCAUGUGCGGCUAAACCUGCACCCGACUGUGAAUCUCUUACCUCACCUCUCUCACAAAGCUCUGCGCAAACGUGCAUGCUCGUGUGUUGCGUUUCUUUUCUCUCCCACUUUGCAUUUUCCGGUUCUUACCCGACACCAAACUAAACAAGCCCAUUGGUUGCCAACCCACACUGUCCACAAUCUAACAGAUGACCUCUCCUUCUCUCACUGCUGCUAUCUUGAUAAACUAUUCAAACGCCACACC